AUGCAUGGUCAUCAUGCCGGUGGCCAUGGUGGCGGUGGUGACCAUGGUGGGCAUAUGAUGAAGAUGUGGUUUCAUGGAGGAUGGACCGAAGUUAUUUUAUUCGAUUUCUGGCGUAUAGACUCGGCACUUGGACUUAUUUUGUCAUUUAUUUGUAUAUUCAUCAUGGGAGCGAUGUAUGAAGGUAUUAAGUGGUUUCGUGUGUACCUACAGAUGAAUGCUACGAGAGAGAUGUGCAGGCAGGAAAAGAGCGUCCGAUUACAAUACGUGAAUCAUCAAGACAAGGCUCCGCUCAAUAACGAUGUUUGCCGAAGUAACUCACAUGAAGAUGUUUACAAUCCAACCACAACACCCCCAACUGGGGCAAAAGGAUCUCGUGACCGUAACGAAAGCCCAUUUUCUCCUUCGGCUGCAUGCUCUACGAUACGACUUGUACAAGCAGCCCUUUAUGUGGUGCAACUUGUGCUUGCCUACUGGCUCAUGCUGAUUGUCAUGACCUACAAUACGUGGCUGACGAUCGCCGUUAUUUUGGGAGCUGGUUUUGGUCACUGGCUAUUUGCAGUGUUAAAGUUCCGAGAUCCCGCUGGAGAAACGGCUGACUCGUUUGCAACCGACGCUUGUCAUUGA